UGGCUAUUCUUUGGCUAUCCACAUGCUAUAUAAACAACCAUAUUUCUUUCUCUCAAGGAGACAGAUUAAGCGGAUCACUGGUUAAAAAUUCCAGUGAUUCGCCUCUUGGCGCAGAGAGAAAAAGGGAAAUAGCAUCAAGAAAUAAAGCUCCAAAAUGGCUUUCAAUAAUAGAAACUUAGUACCUCUCCUGUGUUUCCUUACCUUUGUUGCAACAAUACAAAAAUCCGAUGCAGGUAUUGCUGAAUUUGAUGACUACUUGAAGAAAAAGGCUGAGUUUGCCUUGGAGAGUUCUUUCAAGGCAUAUGAUCCUCAUCCUGAAGCAGUCACAGAUCAAUUUAACAAGCAAGUCGGGGAGGUAUUGACAAGUGGAAAUGUGACAAGAAGGCAUCUAAAAGAAGGUGAGUGCAUGGCCACAAACCCUAUAGACAGAUGCUGGAGAUGUGACCCUAACUGGGCUAAAAACAGGAAGAAGCUAGCCGAUUGUGCACGCGGCUUUGGCCACCAGACUCACGGUGGUAAAGACGGGAGGUACUACAUUGUAACAGAUCCGUCUGAUGAUAAUGUCGAGAGCCCAAAACCCGGUACCCUCCGCCACGCCGUGAUCCAAGAUGAGCCAUUAUGGAUCACAUUCGAUAAACAUAUGGUUAUUAAACUCAAACAAGAACUUAUUGUCAAUAGUGACAAGACUAUUGAAUAAUCGAAUUGUG